GCCGCCGCAGCCGCGGAGCCGCGAGCAGCGCCGGCCGGGCCGGGAUGUGAGGGGCGGCUGCCCCGCGCCCGCUGCGCCGCUGCCCCGGGCCCGCGGGCCCCGCGCCCCGGGAGGCUGUCGGGGGGCGGCGGCGGCGGCGGGUCCCCCCCCGCCGCCCCCAUGUCGGAGGGGCCGCCCUACGGCGAGGGGCAGCUGGCGGGGGACGCGGCCGUGGGGCAGCUGCCCUUCCCCGUUCGCCUCCGCGGCGGAGAUGGGCUCCUGGCCGGAGGGCAGGGCAAGCGGCCGCCCAAGCUGGGGCAGAUCGGCCGCAGCAAGAGAGUGGUUAUUGAAGACGACAGAAUUGACGAUGUGCUGCAAAACCUCUCCGAAAAGGCCCCUCCCGGUGUUUAAAGCCUCCCCGGGGACGCUGAGCUGAAGGCCGGGGUGGGGUUCGGUUUACAAUGGCACAGGUGAUCGGCAAAAAAUAAAUCCCCCCCCAAAAAAACACCGCAGCGACCACCCGAGCUCCAGGAACACCGAUCCAGCCGCAGUCCCGCAGCCCUGCCCUCCGGAGCAGGAGGGGAGGGCGGCGAGCGAGCCACAGCCCAGCCGAGAAUCCAAAAAUAAUCAUAAAUUCAAAUAUAUAUAUAUAUAUAUAUAUGUGUAACCGGGGGAAAAUAAGUCACCUGCUUCAAACCACCCCGAGGGAUGGACGGAGGAGUCACGCCGCGGCUGGGAAUUACUCGGGAUGGUUUUUUUCUCGGGCUGAUGAACCUUGUGCCGAGCUAGAUCGGGGGGUAAGAGGAAAAAAAAAAAAUAAAGGGGCAGCGGGAGAUGGGAGGGGAACAGCCCCUGGGGUCUCCCUCCGGUCAGGGUUGUUCCCAGAGGGCACCUUGUUUACAUUAUUUAAUCUUGCAAAAAUGAAUCCGUGCACUUGGAUGUACCACGCUAUCCCCUUCUGUACGAGUUUCUUUUUUUUUUUCUCUUAUUUAUUUUAUUUUAAUUAUUUUUUUUUUUAUGUUGAUGUCUUUGGAUGUUGGGAAAUUAUAUAAAAUAGAUAUAUAUAUAUAUAUAUAUAUUUAAUUUUAGUCACGUUUUAAGGUUCUAGAGGGGGGAAAACCAAAACUUUUAUAAAGGAAAGGCCUGAAGGAAGAAUUGCUGGUUUAUUUUUUAAAGCUUGUACUUCUUGGUUGCUGUGAGCAAAGGGACAGAUUUUAUAUGUACAGGGGGGUGGGGGGAACGCUCAGCUUUUCUAACUACCAUGCAGUCUGUAGUGUGGGUGAUCUUGGUUUUGUUUUGGGUUUUUUUUUUCCCUUAUAUUGUGGCAGUUUCCUCUCUUUAAUAGACUGUAUUAAAACAUAUAUAUAAAAGAAAUUAUUUAAUGUAAUCACAAGAGUGCCAAACACUUGGAGAUGCUGGAGGGCAGCGAUUCCCUCCCCGAGACGAGCAGCACUCGGAGCUUUCUGCUCUUUCUAGGGCUCGGUCGAUCUCUCGUGGGGUUUUCUCUGACUUCUCUUUUCUAAUCUUUCUUUUUAACUAUUUUGCAUGACGUGCAUAAAAGAAAAAAAAAGGGGAAAAAAAAGAAAAAGGUGUGGGGUGGGGGGAAAAAAAAAAAAGCGCUUCUGGCGCCCGGGCUUGGUUCUUGUUUCUGUUUGCGAUUGACUGACAGACCUCAAGGCAGGUUUUUCUUUCCUCCUUUUCUUAAAUAUUGUGUAUGUUGCACUUUUAUCCACUACACAGGGCUAUUUCUGCAAUGUCCGAAUAAAAAGGAAAAUGAAACAAAAC